CCCGUUCUUCACCGUUCAGUCGUCUCUCUCUUUUUCUACCGAAAACGGUAACAGGCAGCAGGCACUUUUCAGCAGCUGCUCCGUGCGUGCGUGUGUGUGUGCGAUCCGAACCGAUCUGUUCCGUUACGUUCCGUCACCGUUGCCGUUACCCUCCGCGAACCGCAUAAUUUGAAUCCUUCGCGCGACACCCUUAGUUGUUGGUUUAAAUUAUUAACAAAGUCCACGCCAAGCCGGAAUAAAAAUGUCGUCCGCCGCGAAGAAACGCGAGGCGCAGAAGAAGAAGGAUGCGCGCAACAAGAAGAUCCAACAGAUUCCCUCCUCGAAGAAGGCCAACGGCCAGCCGGAACGCGAACUGACCGAGGAGGAGAAGCUCUGCGCCAAGCUGGAGGAGGAGGCCCGGAUCAGUGCGGAGGCCCGAUCCUGCACCGGAUCGCUGGCGGUGCAUCCGCGAUCCCGCGAUGUUAAGAUCGCCAACUUUUCGAUCACCUUCUUUGGCUCCGAGCUGCUGCAGGACACCAUGCUCGAGUUGAAUUGUGGACGUCGCUACGGUUUAAUUGGCCUCAACGGCUGCGGUAAAUCCUCGUUGCUGGCGGUACUUGGUGGUCGGGAGGUGCCCAUCCCACCGCACAUCGAUAUCUUCCAUUUGACACGCGAAAUCCCGGCCAGCUCGAAGAGCGCACUGCAGUGCGUCAUGGAGGUGGACGAGGAGCGCAUCAAGCUGGAGAAACUGGCCGAAGAGCUGGCCAUGAGCGAGGAGGACGAUGCCCAGGAGCAGCUGAUCGACAUCUACGAGCGUCUGGACGAUAUGUCCGCCGAUCUGGCGGAGGUCAAGGCGGCACGCAUUCUUCACGGUCUCGGCUUCGACAAGGCCAUGCAACAGAAACAGGCCAAGGACUUCUCAGGUGGUUGGCGCAUGCGUAUCGCUUUGGCCCGCGCUCUGUUUGUGAAGCCCCAUCUUCUGCUGCUCGACGAACCGACAAAUCACUUGGAUCUGGACGCCUGCGUGUGGCUGGAGGAGGAGCUAAAGACAUACAAGCGCAUCCUGGUGCUCAUCUCGCACUCGCAGGAUUUCCUCAACGGCGUCUGCACGAACAUCAUCCACUUGACGAGCAAACGCCUCAAGUACUACACGGGUAACUAUGAGGCCUUUGUGCGCACACGCAUGGAACUGCUGGAGAACCAGAUGAAGCAGUACAACUGGGAACAGGAUCAGAUUUCGCAUAUGAAGAACUACAUUGCCCGCUUCGGUCACGGUUCCGCCAAAUUGGCGCGGCAGGCGCAGUCCAAGGAGAAGACGCUGGCCAAGAUGGUUGCACAGGGCUUAACGGAGAAGGUGUCUGACGACAAGGUGCUCAACUUUUACUUCCCAUCGUGCGGCAAGGUGCCGCCACCCGUGAUUAUGGUGCAGAAUGUGAAUUUCCGAUACAACGAUGAGACACCUUGGAUCUACAAGAAUCUGGAGUUCGGUAUUGAUCUGGACACUCGUCUAGCCUUGGUGGGACCGAACGGAGCAGGCAAGUCGACGCUGCUGAAGCUGCUUUAUGGAGAUCUGGUGCCCACCUCUGGCAUGAUCCGCAAGAACUCGCAUCUGCGCAUCGCUCGUUACCACCAGCAUCUGCACGAGCUGCUAGAUUUGGACGCCAGUCCGCUGGAGUACAUGAUGCGCGCCUUCCCCGACGUCAAGGAGAAGGAGGAGAUGCGCAAGAUCAUCGGUCGCUACGGUCUCACCGGUCGCCAGCAAGUCUGUCCGAUCCGCCAGCUGUCCGAUGGCCAGCGGUGUCGCGUCGUGUUCGCCUGGUUGGCCUGGCAGGUGCCCCACCUUCUGCUGCUUGACGAACCUACCAAUCACUUGGACAUGGAGACCAUUGACGCACUCGCCGAUGCGAUCAACGAUUUCGAUGGCGGCAUGGUGCUAGUUAGUCACGAUUUCCGACUGAUUAACCAGGUGGCAGAAGAGAUUUGGGUGUGCGAGAAGGAGACGGUGACUAAGUGGAAGGGCGGGAUCCUGGACUACAAGGAUCAUCUGAAGAACAAGAUCACUUCCGAAAACGAGAAGAAGGCCAAGGCGGCAAAGUAGAUGCUAUCCGGUAGAUACGCGUUAUCUAGUGGAUAGACGCGAACGCCAACACACACCCGCACACACACAGUCGCGCACCCACACUCCCCAGAACUCCACACCCCACCCACAAGGACAUUCACUAUAUUUCUCUUCAAUAGGCGGCGGGCGAUUCCCGGAUAUUGGGCUGUGCCCGCUCGCUAAUGAUUCAUAAUGUGCGAAAUUAGUCUUGAGUUUACACUACGCUAUAGUCAAGUCAUGUAAACAGCUAUAUACGAUCGGCAAAACACAACCGUCAAACAAUAAAACCUUAAACACCCAAAUCCAA